AUGUCUAUUUUGCCUGGCCGCGAUAUGACGCGCAGCAUCUGCCUAUUAUUCGCUAAUCUGAGCAAAGAGCGCUAUAAAAAAAAUUCGUAUCAGAAUAUUUUGGCUCCGUUAGAGCUCGAACGUUUCACAACGUUCGCAAUGGUGCUAUAUUACAUUGUUGCGUUUUUUGUUACAAUAAUAAUAUGUGCCUUACAAUAUUUGUUAACGAAAAAUCAUGAUCACUGGAAGAAAAGGAAAGUACCGCACUUGAAGCCAUCACUACUAUUUGGGAACUAUAAGGAAACUAUUUUAUUAAACAAACAUCAAUCAUUAGUUGCGCAUGAAAUCUGCAAACAGUUUCCAAACGAGCCCUACAUAGGAACAUUCUUCGGCACGUCCCCAGCGCUUAUGAUUCAGGAUCCCGAUUUAAUUAAACUAGUUUUUGUGACAGAUUUUUACUACUUUAGUGGCAGAGAAGUAAACGAUUACAGUCAUAAGGAACCGAUAACUAAUAAUAUAUUUUUCACCGGUGGAGACAAAUGGAAAAUCCAGCGUCAGAACCUCACACCAUUAUAUUCUGCAGCUAAAGUAAAAGGUAUGUUUUAUUUAGUAAAAGAUUGUGCCAAUCAGUUCGAGCGCCUCCUCGAAGAGGUAACAAAAAACUCGCCAUACCUUGACGCAAAGUCUUUGCUAGCGAUGUUUACUAUAGACGUUAUAACCAGCUGCGCAUUUGGAAUAAAUUGCAAUAUGAUGGACCUAAAUGCUGAUGCAAGUAAGAAUCCUUUUAUGGUUCUUCGUGAAAAGAUACUUGACUCAUCGAAGAUUGCCGGCAUAAAACUUUAUUGCAGACAAAUGUGGCCUUCAUUAUUUUAUGGUUUGGGAUUUACAUUAUUUGAUAAGAAUAUUAACAACUUUUUUGGGACUAUUUUGGGCGGAGUUUUCGCAUCAAGAGAAAAUGCACAAUCUUCCACAUGUGAUUUUGUUGAUCUAAUAUUAACCUGGAAGAAGAAUAAAGUUUUAACUGGGGACAGUAUAAGUAAUGAAAAGACUGGCGGCAAAAAGACAAUAAGCCUGGAAGUGACCGACGACUUGUUAGUUAGCCAGUGCGUAGCACUGUUUGCAGCUGGAUUUGAAACUACAGCCAGCACAUUAAGCUACGCUUUGUAUGAAAUUGCCAAGAAUCAAGAAGUACAAACAAAAGUGAUAAGCGAAGUUGAUUCUUAUUUUGAGAAAAAUGACACAAUUGAAUACGAGUGUGUCAAUGAAUUGCCAUACAUUGCAGCCUGUAUUGAAGAGACGCUACGUAUUUACCCAGUCAUAGGACUCAUGACGCGGGAGGUUAUGGAUGACUACACCUUACCAACGGGCCUGAGUUUACAAAAAGGAGAUCGCAUUCACGUAUCUAUAUAUAGUUUGCACCAUAAUCCAGACUAUUUUCCAGAACCAGAGGUAUACCGACCAGAGCGUUUUUAUGGUGAUGCAAGAAAGGAUAUUAAACCUUUUACCUUCUUUCCUUUUGGAGAAGGUGCCAGGAUAUGUUUAGGCCUUCGCUUUUCCAAGAUGCCGCUGCACGCUGGUCUCCUCACGAUAUUCAAGAACUAUCGAAUAGAACUUGCGGAGGACAUGCCUCUGACUAUUCCGUUCACACCGUUUUCACUCGUCACGACUUCAGCAAUCCCAAUUAAACUCAAAUUUAUACCACGCACACGCACAGCUUAAUAGGGGUGUGUUUGCAGCGCUCCAAACCACCUCCAAACAACGUACCUAGUUUAGCUCUCAUUUGAAUACUUACCAAUAAACUCAUUGAUAGAAAAUAAGUAACGUCUGGCGACACUGGGAUCUUGAACCAUUUGGUUUGACCGCAAAGUGUACAAGUACUUUGUGCUCACAUAGAAUUAGGAAGUACCUACUUCGUAAGAAUUCCUACUUCCUACGUCCAAAUUUAGUCGCCAGAAAAGAUAAAACAAUAUGCCAAUUACCUACUCAGCAAAUACUUACAUGUUUGCUCAGCUUGAUUUAUGUACCUAUCUAUGUGAAUUGAUGUGUUUGUAAAAUAAAUAUUCAUUAAUCACUAUUGACUACCAAAGCCAUAGCCAGGGGGAGGUUUUCAUUUGAAUUUCCCUACGGUUGUAAUAAGGUAAGGUUGCUAUCGUUGGACCGACGCUUUGAUUGGACCAUCGAUGUUUCUCGAAAUUGGAUAGACCUGUGCGUGAAAGAAAGAGACAAAACAUAUUCUUUAGAACUCUCUUGCUUACACCACAACCGCCAGUGCACCAGCAACGUCCGUUUGGAAGUGACUUUUUUUGUGUUGUUUUGAGGUAAAAAGUGAGCACUUUAUUCUUUGAUAUGUGUCAAUUUUACGACAGCUAUAGUGGGUUUCAUAUGAAACUGGCCUGCUUUUGGUACACGAUUAGUAAGUUUUAGGAUAACGUUUAAGUGGUGAAUGACAUUUCACUAAUGAAGUACCCAGUUGCUAUCAUUGGACCAGUCUUAGUUGCCAUUAUUGAACUAGACCAGUGAUGGAUCUGUACGGAAAAUUAAAUAUUUUAUAAUUUUUUAGGAUAGCUGAAAAUGAUGAAAAUGAGCCCAGUAAAAUCAAAAAGCGAAGGCUAUACUGUGCCUGGAAUGAAACAAGUAUGGCUCUUGCACUUGAAGCACUUAAAUCCAAAAAAAAAAUGGUCUCAAUGCGGCAGCUAGAUCCACGAAAGCCACUUUUCAUCGAAGGCUGAUGGCUGCUAGUAAGAAAGCAAAAGAUGCUAUUCAAAUACUUACCUAAGUAUAAACAAUUAUAAAAAUUAAGCUUUGUUAUGCCGCAAUAUUGUGAUCUCAAGUAAAGUUGUUUGAUUAUUUGAAAUAAAUUAAAAUUUUAAAAUUAAGUAUACAAAAAAUUUCAUUUUAUAAAAAAAAACAGUUAUUUUCGAGUUUCCAUUAUUGGACCAGUUGUACAAGGAGCUUGUGUUCCAAUCGUGGAGUCUUUACGGGUCCAAUCAAGGCGCUGGUGGUCCAAUCAAAGCAACUUAUUACCUGAGCUUUAUUCGAGGUUUUCUCUACUAUGAGUUGUUUUUAUGACAUUUGAAUAGUUCCGUGUUACAUAUUUGCUAAAUAAUGACAAAAUAUAGUUCUACAAUUAAA